ACGACAAGUUUCGAGUGGUGUAUACUGUAUUAAAUAUUUGAAAUCAGUCGUUCCGAAUGGUUUUAUGUUCUAUACGUAUUAUAUAGUAGUCUGAUUGUCACGAAAUUAGAAUUAAGAACUUUGCUCUUUAAUUAGCAAUUAUUGAUUUUUGAAAUCGUCACGUACAGAGAAAUGGCUGCGGUAUUGGACGACGUUGGAAAGUCUAAUGUAUCAAAAAAGACUGAAGAAGUAUUCGAUGAUGACGAACUAGAAGAAGAUGUCGGAGAUGAACCGACAACCACAAAGAAGAAGAGAAAGCGAAGGAAGAAGAAGACACAAACUAACGACGAUGGAACAGAUACAAAAGAAAAAGAUGAAGUAGAAAAAGAAGUAACCAGUGGUGUAACUAAUAUUAAUAUGGAUGAUGAAACUGAAGGUGAAAAGAAAAAGUCCAGACGUCGUACUAAAAAGAAAGAAACCAAAGUUAAUGAACCAGAGUCAAAAGAAAAAAAGCAAACUAAUCCUCCAUCUGUCCCCAUACAUGAGCUCUUUCCAACAAGCGAGUAUCCAGUUGGUCAAGAAGUUGAAUAUGAUGGUCGUAUGGGUAAACAGCGAAUAACAAGUGAAGAAAAACGAGCAAUAGAAAGUUCAAAAUAUGAUGAUUACAAUGAUGCCAGACGGGCAGCUGAAGCUCAUAGACAAGUACGAAAACAUAUUCAAAGCUGGGUAAAACCCGGUAUGACUAUGAUUGAAAUUUGUGAAGAGCUAGAACGCUGUUCAAGAGCUUUAAUUGGCGAAGAUGGACUUAAAGCUGGUCUAGCUUUUCCCACGGGGUGUUCAAGAAAUAAUUGUGCAGCACAUUAUACUCCUAAUGCAGGCGAUCCUACAGUCUUAUUAUAUGAUGACGUUACCAAAAUUGAUUUCGGCACACACGUAAAUGGCCGUAUAAUUGAUUGUGCAUUUACUUUAACUUUUAAUCCCAAGUAUGAUAAACUUGUAGAAGCUGUUAGGGAUGCAACUAAUACAGGAAUAAAAGCUGCUGGUAUUGAUGUUAAACUUUGUGAAGUUGGUGAAGCAAUUCAAGAAGUGAUGGAAUCUUAUGAAGUUGAGCUUGAUGGUAAAACAUAUCCUGUUAAGUCAAUCAGAAAUCUCAAUGGCCAUUCAAUUGAUGCAUAUAGAAUACACGCAGGAAAAACUGUACCAAUUGUUAAAGGUGGUGAAGGUACUAUGAUGGAGGAGAACGAGUUCUAUGCUAUUGAAACGUUUGGUUCCACAGGACGAGGAAUUGUCCGUGAUGAUAUGGAUACAUCGCAUUACAUGAAGAACUUUGAUGCUCCAUAUGUACCACUACGUCUUCAAGCAUCACAAAAGUUACUUGGUACUGUCAAUAAGAACUUCGGUACAUUGGCAUUUUGUAAACGCUGGUUAGAUAGGUUGGGUGCAACUAAAUAUCAAAUGGCAUUAAAAGAUCUAUGUGAUAAAGGAAUUCUUGACGCUUAUCCACCAUUAUGUGAUAUCAAAGGAUGUUACACAGCACAAUUUGAACACACAAUUGUACUUAGACCGACAUGUAAGGAAAUUAUAAGCAAAGGAGAUGAUUAUUAACUCUAUUAAUAAUUUGAGUCAAUACAAAUAUUAUGUUGCCAAUGAUAUAACAAAUACAUUGUUAUUUUAAAAUGUCAAC